GGGGCAACUGGGGGUGACUAUAGGCAAUGUUGACAGUGGAAAACCACCUGAAAUAACACCAGCACGCGGCACAUCAACAAUAUAAGGUAGCAGCGUCGACAGCUGGCGCGCCAAACUAUGUGAGGAAACUUUUCGAAAACUUGCGCUCAAAUAAACGAACGACGCGUGAGCUUACGAACUUUUCGGCACGCACCAUUCUUGUGCAGAAAUAAUACGGUGUUUACAUAUAUACAUAGCGGCGAGUAAAGAUAGAGAAAUGCGCUCGCGAGCAUAAAUCUCCAGCUGUUAGCUUCGCAUGGCGCUGGCCAGUAACGGGAUUUCCAGCAGAUGCAAGUUUAACGCGGAGCGAAUCGCAUGCGCUGCAACGGCUAAGUGGUGAAACACCAAGCGCUACACCAAAGCAGUAAAAUAAUAAAAGAAAUUGUGAAACAACAACAACAAAAAUGCUUUUUUAGUUUAACAUUGCAGAGAGUUUAUGUGGCUUGGUGGGGGUUGCGCGUGGUGGUUGCGCUCUUCAAGCGCUGAGUUGGAACUUCACUUUGGGCACUGGCAGUGAACAGCAUCCAGUUGGGAAACGUCUGUAAGCGCAAACAACACACUGACGGACCGCGCGUCCGCUACUCUGUGCUUGCCUUAAGCAAAUAAACAAUUUUUGGAUUUUCAAUGUGUUUGCUGCUCAAAUAAAAAUUAUAAAUAUUUCUAAGAAAGUGUGUAGAAAAAUCGUUCAUCAGUCUUGAGUUCGCUAGCGCUGUGCUGAAGUAGAAAAAUCGCAUGCGAUAUUCACGCUUACAAAUAUAAAAAGAUUAAAGCAGAACCUUGCUCGGUAUCAAGUUCAAGCAGCACGGCGGCAUAGCGGCUGGGCGGCUGAUGAAUUAUCCAUGCCGCAGACAGGGCAGCCACGGCGUAUGAUGCAUGUCUGAGGCGGCGCAGUGCGGGCAUGAAAAAGUAAAUCGUGAAAUCGCAUGGAAAUUAAAAGCAAAAUUUAAAAGUAAAGUGUGGACUAUUAUAUUACUAAAAUCACGUUAAAAAGUACAUAAUUCAAUAUUGCUCACAAGUGAUACAUGUGCUGCUUUUCUGCGCUAUUAAAUACCCGUACUUGCGCUGUUUUGCCUAUACGCCCCUAAAUGUAUGCAACAGCAGCACAAAAGUGAAUAUAUACAGGCAGUGAGUGGCGUUGUUGUUGUAGUAAUAGCACAACGGAGUGCCGUGGCGGUGGUUGUUGUAAAUGUACAGUUGUUGUACAGUGCAAAGCGAAUGUUUAAUUUGUGUGAAGUGAAGUGAAAAUAUUGCGUAUACGCCACCGGGGACCACAGUACGGCGCGUGGUGGCAAAGAAAGUGUUUCUUUCUUCGGUAUGUGUGUGUACAAAAAAAGUGAAAAUCUACAGCUUUUAACUUUAGGAAAAGUACACUCAACUAAAUAUAAUUAAAAUCUGCCAUCAAAAUCACUACAAAAUAAAAAAAAAAUAAUAAAAAAACAAAUUGUUUUAUUUGAAAAUAUUCUGUCGUAAAGCUUAAGUGCAAAAAGUGUUCGCGCAUGUGAGUGAUUUCCGUAUUGAACGUCGAACGAACGAAUUCGCGUCCACGUCGUUUUCUCUUUCGUUCUACGUGUCUUAAGUAAAACGCAAAAAUUCGUACGUAUUGGCAGGAAGACAAAGGUCAGCGGGCCCCGUUAAGAUAUCGUUCGUUGGCGGCGGUCAGAGAGGUUCGAAAGUUUGGCGACGCGAACGCAUCGAAAUGACAAAUGAUCCGGAUUUAGAUGACUGUGCCUUUCUAUCAGGUGGCGAAUCGAGUGGUCGACAGACGCGUCAGGGAGUCGCUGUUUGCUCACAGAGGCGCGCGCUAGUGGUUGCUGGCGUCGUUUUCAGCUCGCUGCUGCUCACCGCGCUGAUAAUUGCCUAUGCUGGACCACAAAAUGAUUGUUCGUGCGCUGGUAAAAUGGCACCGGGUUUCGAAACGGAUGAAGAGAACGACACACAGCCAUUCAAUCCGAUUGCGACGAAUGGGGAGCCUUAUCCAUGGCUGGAGGUGGCACUGCCAACGAGCACGCGUCCACUGCGUUACAUGGUGACAAUACAUCCCAAUCUAACGACGCUGGACGUCAAAGGUCAAGUGACAAUCGAUCUCUUCAUGGAAAUAGAAACAAAUUUCAUAGUGUUGCAUAUACAGGACCUAAACGUCACCGAUAGGGCCAUUGUGACGACGGGCAACAAGGGUUACGCCAUUAAAAUUGUCAAAGUAUUGGAAUAUCCACCACGACAGCAAUUGUACAUCGAAGUAAAGGAGAAGCUGAAGAAGAAGUCGAAUUACACACUUAACUUACGCUGGUAUUCGAAAUUAAAUCCGGAGCCGGAGGGUUUUUACGUGGAUCAGUAUGAGAGCUCUAACGGACUGGAGCGUUUGCUAGCAGCCACGGUAUUUCGGCCGAAUAGCGCGCGUCGCGCAUUCCCCUGCUUUGAUGAACCGCAAAUACGCGCGCCAUUUCGCAUAUCUGUUUUCCGUGAUCGCUUCCACAUUGGUCUUUCCAAUUCCAUUGUGCAUACGACGGAGGAUGUGGGCUUCUACAUGGGCACCGGUUUGCUACGUGACGAUUUCAUCGAGACGCCACCACUACCCGCCGAUGCUGUCGCUUGGGUGGUGAGCGACUUCCAGCGUGAAUCUCUGCAGCCAUCGCCAGCUUAUUUGCCAACAACACCGGCGCCGCCUGGCAGCGUUGGUUCGAAGAAGUCCACACAGCUCAGCAAUUACCCCCAGUUGAAGGAAAAGAAGCCGCCCGUACGCAAUAUAACCGCGCUCACACAUUCAUUAAAUAUUAAUCUGAUGAAGAAUACCACCACAACGACCGUUACGCCCACUGCCGAAAGCAAUGGCAAGAAUCUUACAUCGCUCAGCCAGUCGACGGGUUCGCUAAUUAAACGUGCGCCAUCGUAUACUUUCUAUGCGCCACGUGAUCUACUGCCACGCUCAUCUUUUAUACUACACACUGCACGUGACGUGUUGGAACAUCUACAAACCUGGUUGGACAUAUUGUAUCCGCUAACGAAAGUCGAUUUUGUGGCGUUACCUUCACUGGAUCGUAACAUUAUCUCUUCGUUGGGUUUGGUUACGCUGAAGACUGCCUUUCUCACCGAUCCCGAGUCCAUAACUACGGAGGAAUAUCAGAAGAGUGCCCUGCAAGUGGCCGAGGCUAUGGUGAGACAGUUCUUUGGUGGCAUUACAUCGAGGAAAGUAUUGAAAGAUGUCUGGCUGUGGGAGGGGCUCAUAAAAUAUUUGGGCAUACAUUCGCUUUCACCGCAACAAACCAACUGGCCGUUGAGAGAAAUGUACCUGCUUAAAAUAGCUACAACGGCUUUGGACAUUGACGCCAUACAAGGAUGGGAUAGCAUUAUGAACGGCACAAAGCAUGAUGGUAAUAAUGAGGAGUUUUUCAUACAAAAGACCGCUGCCAUAUUUUCAAUGUUACACACUGCUAUUGGCGAAGAUCGCUUCCGCGGUUGCCUUGGCGCUUUUCUGAAAAUUAAUCGUUUUAAAACUGCCGAACCCACAGAUCUUUGGACGAUUUGUACAAAGAAAGCCAACGGUUCCAAAAAUAUCAAAGACAUGAUGACUUUGUGGACUCAUCAACCGGGCUUCCCGCUACUGACUGUUACCAAACUGGGCAACAGCGUAUCCAUAUCACAGCGGCCCUUCAAGCCGGCUGACUUCCUUGCCAUACACGAUGAGACUUACGACGGCAACAACUACAAUAAAACGGUGGUGAAUGUCACAGGGACGCCGAGCACUGUGGCACCAACGGCUGCGGGCAAAACCAAGCAACCGACAAAGAUGAAGUGGAUAUUCCCAAUAACCUACAUAACCGAUACUAAUAAUGUUAGUGAGACUUUAUGGCUACAAAAUAUUGACGUAACUUUCAAUGUGCCGGAGAAUGUUAAAUGGAUCAAGGUUAAUGCAAUGCAAUCUGGUUAUUAUCGCGUCUUGUACAACGAUGACAACUGGGCAAAUUUGAUUGAGGAACUUUCUAACAACCCCGAGAAGUUAUCGAGUGAAGAUCGCAUUGGCUUGCUGUCGGAUUCGUUUACUCUUUGUCACGCGAAUCUAUUGCCCUGUGAGAUCACCAUGAAUAUGAUACAAUAUUUACCUAGUGAAACAAAUUGGGGUCCAAUGACAGUGGCGUUGCGGCACUUGGAGAAGUGGCGUCGCAUAUUGAAGUAUUCAGAAUGUUUCCUGAUGUUAUCGGAAUUUAUUAAAAUGAAAUUGGCUACGGUGAUUGAGAAAAUCGGUUGGACCGAUGAUGGCGAUGAAGCAAAGAGACUAAUGCGACCGGAAGUACUCUUAAGCUCAGUGCUUUGGGAAGAUAUUGACAGCAUAACUAAGGCCAAAAACAUGCUAAACCAAUUUCUGUACUACAACGGCACGGCGAUACCACCUAACCUGAGAGAGGUAGUCUAUACCGGCUCCAUACUGUCCGGUGAAUACAUUUACUGGCAGCAUUGUUGGGAACGCUUCAUCGCGCUCCAGCGUACAUCGGAGAGUUUCGUCGAACGCAUGCAAUUACUGCGUGCGCUCGGCCGUACCAAAGACGCUUGGCUACAAAACCGCCUACUGUCGCAUGUCACCAUGCUGCCAACUGUUGAAGUGGUGCAAGUAUUACAGGCCAUUGCUGGCACACCGACAGGUGGCGCGAUGGCGUGUCGCUUUCUGCAAGCCAAAUGGUUUGAAUUGGAAACGCGACUCGGUCACGGUACGCUAAGCUUCGCCAAAGUGAUAUCGGCGAUAACACAAUAUGGUGCGACGAAGUUCGACUAUGAUGAGCUUAAAUCGCUGGUGCAUCGCUUUGGACGCGGUCCCGGCAUGGAAGUGCUGAAUAUGACGCUCAGCAGCGUCGCUUCCAAUGUCGAGUGGGUGGCGCGCUCUCAGACAUCGUUGUAUAAAUGGGUGGAGAGCAACUUGCAUUCGCAUUGAUUUUGCAAAACAAAAGCAACAACAAUAUUAUUGAUAAUCUUGUUUCUAUUUUUUAGUUUACUUGUAGAGAUUCUCAUCAUACAGCUAAAACUAUGUUCAAAAUCAUUGUAAAAGUCAUACAUACUAACAGUUAUCACAACGUACAUAUAGACAUACAUAUGAAUGUAGCUACACAUGUGCAUACAAACAUACUAUUUAUAUAUAGUUACAUAUAUUUAUAUACAUAUAUAUAUAACAAGCAGUCAAACACGCAUGCAUACAUUUCCUCAUUUGUAAUUAUGUUCCUUAUCUACUACAUAAAUAUUUAUACAUACAUACAUAUUCAUACAAACUUACAUAACAUACAUAGAAUGCGUAAAUCGCGCAGCUCUAGGCAUUAUUGGGCCGCUUAUGGCUAGUGGUUGGCGCAAAAACAGUAAUAGGGAGUCUUCUAGGUUUAAUUAUAGGUUAGGAAAAAGGUACUGGAAUAUAAGUUUAUCAUAUCAUCUAAAGGGUAUAGUAGCUAAAUUAUAUUAAGUGUGUGUAGAAAACUAAGAAUUGGUGCAUUUUUUCAAAUUAUUGGUUUUUUUUUAUUAAUUUUUGAUUAAAAAUUUCAAUUUAAAUUUUUUUAAUUUAAUUACGGUUUUUUUCAAAUAAUUUUAAUGGUGGUUUUAUGUUUUAGUUGUUAUCGUCACCUAAAAUGCAAAACAGCGUAUCAUCAAAAACAAAUCGGAGAUCGCUGUCUGAUAUCAUAGCCAAUGAAUAACCAUUUUAUAACCAAAACACAAAUUUUCUUUCGAUAUGAGUGUAUGGCAACCAAUACAUAACCAUUUCGUAACCAAAACUCAAAUUUUCUUUCGAUAUGAGUGUAUGGUAACCAAUGCAUAACCAUUUCAUAACCAAAACACAAAUUUUGAAUGAGUGUAUGAUAACCAAUACAUAACCAUUUCAUAACCAAAACUCAAAUUUUCUUUCGAUAUGAGUGUAUGGUAACCAAUGCAUAACCAUUUCAUAACCAAAACACAAAUUUUGAAUGAGUGUAUGAUAACCAAUGCAUAACCAUUUCAUAACCAAAACACAAAUUUUGAAUGAGUGUAUGAUAACCGAUACAUAACCAUUUCAAAACCAAAACUCAAUUUUUUUUCAAUUUGAGUGGUUUCUAUUAUAUCGUUUUUCCUUCGUCUGUAAACUUAUCAAAAGUGAUGUUACGUUAUUUUGCAUUUUUGGUGACGAUAUGUAAUUAUAGUAAUACCAUACAGUUAAAAGUCCAAAAACCAUAAAAAAUAUAUAUUUUUUGGUGUAGACAAACAAAUUCAUUCAGUUUUGAAAGCCAAGUAACUCUAUAACUGAUCUCAAAAAAUUAUCAUAAGAGACCAUAUGUAUUCAUUUCCAAAAUAAAAUAAUAUAUACUCUUAUAUAAUUUUCCAAUACCAUUAGUUAAUUAAAAAAAUAAGUUUUCAAAAUGAAAAUAAUUAUUAAAAAAAUAAUAAUUCACAUUAAGUCGCAUAAGCCCAUAUUUAUUUGUCUAAUUAAAGUACGAGUAAUUAAACGUAAUUGUUAUGAAAUAAACACUGCAAACGUAUAAUUAUUAUUAAAAUUAAUUGUAUGUAUGUAUUAUAAUGUUUAGAAUAUCAGUAACCCUUCCAAUUUCAAGCUGGUAAGAAAUAGAUAUUUAAUUAUAUACUUUGUAUAACUAUAGUGGUACUAACACAUGCUUAAAUGUAUAACACAGAAAGUAUGUAUAUGUGUGUAUGUGUUCACAAAACUUCAAAAUAACACUUUGAAUGUAAAGUAUAGACAUUUAUUUUUUAUUUGCCUUUAAAUAUUGGCCAACAGUUAUUUAUUUAAAAUUGUCUUAACAGAGAAUAUUUAAAACCGCUAAACAUUAUUUGCGUGAUCACCAGAGCUGAAGUGAAGCUUAUGAGAUUAUGCAUAGUUUUUUUUAAGAGAUAAAGGGAGAGAGAGAAAGGAUGGAGAGAGCUGUCAACAUAAUAUUGGUUUUGCGGGCGAAAAGCUUUGGGCGCAAGUUUAACACAUAACUGCUAAAUUUUUCGAAAUAUAUUUUUUGUGCUUUACUUUCCAGUAAUAUUAUUAACAAAAUUAAAUAUUUUCCAAGAUCUCUGAUUAUUGCAGUGUUUCCGGCCUUCUCCAGGGAAUAACUUUGCUCACGUUCUUUGCUCUCUAGGAAACUGUUUUUUUGUCAGAACCGUCGAUAUUGGACCACUGUAGCGUAUAGCUGCAGGUCAAAGCUCUUGUACGGAAAUUUUUCUAUUUUGUAGGAUAUUGUAGUUUCGGCGCAAAAGAGAUGUUUGCCUGUUCUCAUUCAAUUUUAUUUUCUUAUUGUUAUUUCUUUCAAACAAUUUUUUUUUAUUUUUUCUAAUUAAGGCAUUUUGGGCACUUAAUAUAUAGUUUUAAGAAAUGAUUCUGCCUAUAGAAUACACACGGAACUCUGAAAGUUUCCAGAUUCCACUGGCAGUAAAGCAGAGAGAGAUAAGUUAAGAGUAAAUAGCGAUUAUUUAUGUACUUAAACUGUAAUUGUACCAUAGUAAUUACAAGCAAGUAUUUUUUUAAAACUCUUAAAGUAACAAAACAAAACAUCAUAAAUAAAUAAACUAAUUUGAUGGUAUAUAUAAUAUAAAUCAUAAUUUAAUUAUAAUAAUAAAACUACAAGCAAAUAUUACUUACAAAUAUUUACAAAAGCGUGGAUAUAUUGAAAUAUUGAACAGCAAACAAUAUUUAAAGUAAGUAGGAAUCAAAAUGUGUAUAUGUAUGUUUUUAGACAAAUAUAUAUACGUACAUACACACUUAAUUAGUAAUUAAUUAAUUAAAUUUCUAACACUAAGUUGUGUUCUCUUUGGUUUCCUAAGUCACUUAGUUACUCGCUUACGGUGUUUUUUGCAUAAAAUUACUGUUACACUCACUAGUUUCUAAAACACGUAAAAUAGACGUAAAUAAAUAUGUUUAAAUGUUAGCGAAUUUUAUUACGAAUUUAGUUCAAUUUAAACCAAUUCUUUAGCAUUAAAUAAUUUAGUUAAUAAAUAUAAAAAUUAAUGAGAAUUUCUUUGCAAGUUUACACUAACAAUGCGCAAAUAAAGUCAAUCCACUGCAAAAACAAAUAAAAUAAAUAAAAAAUUUUCAAAAACAAACAUUAAAAAAAAUAAUAGUACCAAAUAAAUAGAAAAAAAAACAGAACAAAUUAGUGAAGAAUAUUACAUUUUGGAGAUAUUUUACUCUUUAAUACUAAAUUUAGCUAAGACGAAAAAACAAAACAAAAAAACUGGAAACAUUGAAGCAUAGCAAACUGAAGUGUAAAGAAAAUCAAAUAUUUGCGCAAAUGAUAAUAGAAAACAAAAACAAAA